CUAUGUUUCGUUAGUAUUUUCGUUUAGGCACCUCUAUGGGCAGCCCAGGGACUUUACUGUUUUACGUUAUUUGUGCUCAGGCCUGCCCACGGGCAGCUAGGGGUCCUGACUGUUAUCCUGAGCGGUACCCUCCGCGAAUGUUGUGCCGAUAAGUUUAAAGUUUUAUAUGUGAUGCGUUCGUGAAGAAGAUACCAUCACGUCAUAUCAUAUCACACCCCCUGUUGUCAUCAUCACCCUUUAAUGAUGCUAAAUAGCCAAUUCGCCAUUGCUGUUGCAUAUGAGGAACAUUAAAAGAACUGAACUGUGAACUGUGUAUCCCCGUGUACUCUCUGACCAGAGCAACUGGGUGGAUGAGGUGUCCCAGCAGUCAUCAUAAAUACACGCUUUCAUGCACAGGAGAAGCACAAUCUCCAAUAUUGGUCCUUCGAGCCGGAUUACUUCACCCACCACAGCGCCAUGGAUUCACAGAGAACAGCAGCGUCUGAAAGCGGACUUCUAGGAGGUGGAAGACUGCGACAGCUUCCAACACACCUGCAAGGCUAUCAGGUUAGCUUACCACCUGCCCUAAUGCCUUAUACUGCCCCCAUCCAUAACGUCAGCGAGAGUGCCAGCGCACAACGGCUGCAGUCACCCUACCAGCGGACCGAGUCUCCUGCUAAAGAUGACCAGCUCUACACUGCGCUCGGGCCUAAUCCCUGUCCCUCCUCGGUUGGUGCAGUCGAUAGGAGCUACCACAGUCAGGACCUAACAGAAAGCAGCUUCAGCAUCGGCGAUAGCGGCCCCCCAACACCUUAUGGCCUAGCUCAGCCCGAUGUGAGUACCCAGCUAAAUCACACAUCUCGUUCCAAUUCUCCAAUGGGCACAAGUGUUCUAGUACAGCAGCUAUCACUCUCACAGCCAGGACCCCCUACUCAGCCCCGAGAUAAUCUGCCUCUAACAUCACUGCUACGAACGACAACAACAGCGUUCCAGUCGCAAGCUACUCUGGCUUCUAUACCAAGCAGCAGACAGGAGAGCUACAUGCUAACACAGUCUCUCCCAGCAACAUUAACCUCAGCAAAGCUAUCUGGGGUUUCAAGGCCACUACCCCUCACGGCAACCGGCAUGAGCCUGCCACAGGCUAGUCUUCAGGCAACACAGGUCGUAAGCCACGCGGGCACACAAAUGCCAGCAGCACCUGUGUACCAGCUUGUCUACUCGCCAUACCAGCCUCCUCCAGCUGCAUCGUCAUCAGUAUACCAGCCUCCUCCAGCUGCAUCGUCAUCAGUAUACCAGCCUCCUCCAGCUGCAUCGUCAUCAGUAUACCAGCCUCCUCUAGCUGCACUGUCACCAGUAUACCAGCCUCCUCUAGCUGCACUGCCACCAGUAUACCAGCCUCCUCCAGCUGCAUCGUCAUCAGUAUACCAGCCUCCUCCAGCUGCAUCGUCAUCAGUAUACCAGCCUCCUCUAGCUGCACUGUCACCAGUAUACCAGCCUCCUCUAGCUGCACUGUCAUCAGUAUACCAGCCUCCUCCAGCUGCAUCGUCAUCAGUAUACCAGCCUCCUCUAGCUGCACUGCCACCAACAUACCAGCCUCCUCCAGCUGCGCUGUCACCAACAUAUCAGCCUCACAUGGCUCAGUACGCCACGCACCAACCACCGGCUGUUACCGUGCAUCAGCGCCCACCGACUGUUUCCGCACAGUCAGCCUAUCACCCACCAGUGUAUCAACUGAGCUAUCCACCACAGGUACUGCACCAGCCUCAGCCACCUCCACAGACUCAGCCAGUCUAUCAGUUAGUGUCUCUGUUGCCUGCUCCAGCUACGCAUCAACCCGCACAAGCCCUGCAGGAACAUUAUCCCUUUCAGCCUCAGUAUACACCACCACAGCUGCCAUACAACCAGCAGCCUCCAAGGCAGCCAGUUCCAGUACCAGAACUCCCUAAACUGGUCCACGACAGCGAGAGAGAGUUCACUGACCUCAAGAUGGCACUGGACCACCUACUCAAUUCGCACACUGAACUCUCCGAACACUAUAAAUAUCGUGUGCUUAUGGAGCACUUGGUCCUGGACGAGGCUAAGCUAAUAACUCAGGCCUGCAGGCACUAUGCACAGCCCUACACUGCUGCUAUGCAGGCCCUUCAACGCCAAUACGGGCAGCCACAUCAGCUUGCACAGAGUGAGAUCGCAGCAAUCUUGAACUCUCCUGACAUAAAACCGGGAGACUCUAAGACCUUCCAGAGCUUCGCCCUUCGUGUUGAUCUACUCGUGGGGAUGCUGACAUCACUGGAGGGGCCAAACGGGAUGGAGGUCAUGUCGACUGGGCACGUCGAUCGGCUUCUAAGUAAACUCCCUAAACAUUCAAGAGACGGGUUUGUGGAGCACCUACAGGUUCAAGGUCGGCUAAACACUACCAGUCUAAAUCCAUACAACCUACGGGACCUUGCAGACUGGCUCAAGGUAAAGGCUGAAGCUCAACGGCUGUCGGCGAAGAUGGCACAGCGGCAUCGAACUGAUGGAGCACAACUAGCUAAAGCAGAUAAGCCUACUGCACCCUUCAGGCCUCGCAACCAGCCCAUUGCAGUCUAUCAUGGUUCCGAUAAGCCCAAACCUGUCAGCUGCCCACCUACAGAGGACAUUCGGUCAGAGGCUAAGCAGCAGCGGUUUAAGAGGAUGUGUCUCUUCUGCAAGAGUGCCGAGCACUACCUCUCACAGUGUCCAGACAUCGUCCAGCGCUCACCUGAAGAGAUCGAAAAGUGGAUCAAUAGUGGUAAGCGAUGCCGCAAUUGUGGUCGGACUAACCACAGACAAGAUGCCUGCACCUUAAAGAAAGCAUGCAGCGAGUGCCAAGAUAUUCAUCUCAGGGUACUUCACACCAUCGCCAAACCAGGCUCCCGUGUCUAUCUCAUCACCCCGAAGGAUCGUGCUUCACUUGCCAAUUCUAAGCGAGGGGGAAAGGUGUACCUCAAAGUGGUGCCAAUCAUCAUCAGCAACGGGAGUAAAUCACUUCAAACCUACGCAAUCUUGGAUGAUGGGGCUGAACGCACUAUUAUCCUGCCAGCAGCUGUCAGACACUUGGGACUCAAAGGCGAGGCUGAGUCACUCGCUCUUCGGACCAUCCGCCAAGACGUGACCUGCCUUACUGGGUCUUCGGUCAACUUCCACGUGGCCUCCCUGACACAGCCCACCGAACGGUAUUUGAUUGAGAGCGCCUUCACAUCGAAGCGGCUAGCUCUGUCAGAGCAAACCUAUCCUGUAGCUACACUUCAGAGACGCUACCGCCACCUGAGGGACAUCCAAUUGCAGAGCUUCAGCAAAGCACAGCCACUACUGCUGCUUGGAUCAGACUGCACCCACUUGAUCACCGCCAGGGAGCCCGUCAGGUUUGGCCCCAGAGGUGGACCUGCGGCGGUUCACACAGCUCUUGGUUGGGUUCUCCAGGGUCCGGAUGGCCUUGGGUCUCAGGCCUCCUCAUGUUACUUCACUGCCCUCAAGCCAGUGUCAGACGACCUCUACCAACACGUCGAACGUCUAUGGCAGCUUGAUGUGCUACCAUUCCGGAGUGAGCGUCUAGCAGUACGCUCCCGUUUGGAUCAAGAGGCCGUGAACAUCUUGGAAGCAAGGACCGAGAGAGUAAAGAUCGGCGACAUCUUCCGGUAUGCCACACCUCUGCUCCGCAUUAAAGAUGCACCACCAUUAAAGGCUACUGCCGAUGCAGUCACUCCCAUGCUCCGUAGCACCGAACGGCGGCUGGUAAAGGACCCAGCCAGGGCCAAGGUACAUGAGGCAGAGAUCAAGAAGCUCAUCGAUGGAGGGUGCGUCACUAAGCUUUCAGCAGAAGAGGUAAAUGGUUCGAAAGAGUCAUGGUUCAUCCCUCACCACCUCGUCCAUCACAAUGGGAAGGAUCGGUUGGUGUUCGACUGUUCCUUUACCUACUGUGGUCUCUCUCUCAACGAGCAACUCCUCCCGGGUCCGACCCUCGGACCGUCACUAAUCGGCGUCCUCCUGCGAUUCAGGCAGUAUGCAGUUGCAAUCAGUGGAGACAUCCGAGCGAUGUUUCAUCAGGUUCGUCUUCUUCCAGAGGAUCAGCCUUUGAUGAGGUUCGUCUGGAGGAACCUGCAACAAGGGAAAGAGCCGGACGUCUAUCAGUGGCAAGUCUUGCCAUUCGGCACAACGAGUAGCCCAUGCUGCGCAACAUUCGCGCUUCAAAAACAUGUCAAGGACCAAGUAGAAGGAAAUGAGGACAUCCUGCAGUCCCUGGAGCGGUCCUUCUAUGUAGACAACUGCCUACAGAGCUUAUCCUCACCUGAAGCGGCUAAACAACUCGUUGACAAGAUGAGGCGGUGCCUGGCUUCGGGAGGAUUUGAGAUCAGGCAGUGGGCAAGUAAUGUCCCGACUGUCGUCUCCCAUCUACCCUCCACCGCCAGAUCAGAGAGCACCGAACUCUGGCUAGCUGAGAAGCAGACUGACCCUCAGGAGCCAGCUCUGGGUUUGCGGUGGCACUGUCCCACGGAUCAACUUGGCUACCGAUUCAAAGCUAUGAAAAGCGAGACCCCCACUAUGCGGUACAUAUACAAAGUGCUAGCCCGACAGUAUGAUCCUCUUGGAGUGAUUAUUCCCUACACGACGAGGGCCAAGAUUCUUGUCCAGAGGCUGUGGGCAAAAAAGAGGGGCUGGGACGACCCAAACCUUCCAUCAGACAUCGUUGAGGCCUGGUCUAACUGGGAGCGGGAACUUCCUGAGCUGGCGAACAUCACCUUACCACGAGCUUACUCACCACCAAAGGUUGCCACCGAAACCACCGAAUACACUCUACAUGUCUUCUGUGAUGCAUCGGAACAGGCAUACGGCUCGGUUGCUUACCUCACUACAAAGGUUGACGACGCAGUCAACGUCUCGUUUGUGAUGGCAAGGUCCAGGGUAGCCCCAAAGCGUCAACAAUCAAUGCCACGACUAGAGCUCUGUGCAGCAUUGACCGGAGCCCAGUUAUCCUCCCUUAUCCACCAGGAGCUCACCCUCAGUAUCACCCAGACCUUCCUAUGGACAGACUCCACGACAGUCUUGACCUGGAUGACAUCUGAGUCAUGCAGGUUCAAAGUCUUCGUGGGAACAAGGGUCUCUGAGAUUCAGGAGUUGACAGCCAUGCACACCUGGCGGUAUGUUGACACUGCCAACAAUCCAGCCGACGACCUCACUCGUGGCAAGACUUUGGCUGAGCUGGCGACAUCGAGCAGAUGGAUUCAAGGACCCCCGUUCCUGGGUGGUUCACCUGACAGCUGGCCGUCACUUCCUUCCUCCACUGGGCCAGCAGAUGCUUCUGAGCUAAAGCAAAGUAUCUUCUGCGGGCUCAUACAGACGGGCCCAAGACUCCAUACACCAGAUGUCACCAAGUUCAACAGUUGGUCCGACCUGGUUAAAGCUACUCAGGAGGCAGUUGUGGAUCCCUCCUCACCUCAGCCUGAACUUUGUGAUACUGAAACUCUCCUACUCCAGGUCAGCCAAGCAGACUGCUUCCCAGAGGAGAUAAAGUGUCUCAGGGCAGGUAAACCAGUGCCACCAGGCAGCAAGCUCAGUAUGCUUUCACCAGAGAUGGAUCUUACCAUGGGUCUCAUUCGCGUGGGUGGACGUUUUCGGAAAAUGGAUGACUCCUGUUCUAUUGAACUCCACCCUGUUGUCCUUGAUCCUCACCAUGCGGUGACAAGACUCCUCAUUCAGGAUUUCGACCAACGCCUACUCCAUCCAGGGCCUGACAGGGUCUUCGCCGAGAUCAGACGCCAGUACUGGGUCCUGCGGGGGAGACAGGCCAUCAAGCACCAUCAGAGACUCUGCACUGAAUGCAGGAAGUGGAGAGGGAAGCCGGUUGUGCCACAAAUGGCUGACCUACCUCCUGCUCGCCUGCGGGUCCUCAAACCUCCAUUCUUCUCCACCGGUGUGGAUUGUUUUGGUCCAUACAACAUCAAGGUUGGACGACGCAACGAGAAACGUUGGGGAGUUGUCUUCAAGUGCCUCACUACACGGUGUGUCCAUCUGGAUCUACUGGCUAGCCUGGAUGCGGACUCCUUCCUCCUAGCCCUUAGGAGGUUUAUCGCUCGUCGAGGAACCCCUUCAGAGAUUCUCUCUGACCAGGGGACAAACUUUCGGGGCGCGGAGAGGGAGCUGAGUGAGGCCUUCAGUGCCAUGGAGCCACAACUUCAAGACCGACUUGCACAGAAGCGGAUCAAGUUCAAGUUGAAUCCACCAGCAGCACCUCAUUUUGGUGGCGUUUGGGAGCGGGAGAUUCGUUCUGUCAAGCAGGCGCUGCAAGUGGUCAUCGGCACACAGGCUCUCCAGGAGGAGGUCUUGCUGACGCUCCUCAUCGAAGUGGAAGGCAUCCUCAAUGCUAAACCGUUGGGAUAUGUCUCAUCAGAUGUCGCGGACCCUGAUCCUGUCACGCCAAGUAUGUUGUUGAUGGGGCGGCGGGACGCCUCUCUACCACAAGUUUCCUAUGCUGCGGACACUCUCACGAGGAGGCGCUGGCGCCACUGCCAGGUGAUGGUAGAUCACUUCUGGGCGAGGUUUCUUCGGAGCUACCUGCCAACUCUUCAAGUACGCCAGAAGUGGCGACGACCUACAGACAAUAUUGCCCAGGACACUGUAGUGAUGGUGGUUGACCCUCAGUUGCCACGGGCUCACUGGCCUGUCGGGAGGGUGGUGAAGCUAAAUGCAGGUUCUGAUGGAUGCAUUCGUUCGGCCGAGGUCCAAGUGGGGGAUAAAACUUACCUGCGACCGGUGGCACGUCUGGUCCAGCUUCCAGCCGUUCUGGAUGGCUGUACUGACUCAGGGACUUCUGUAGCACCUUAGGAAAUUUAUGUGUUCUUACAUAAUAGCCAUGCUAUUCUGGGGGCGGCUGUUAUAAAUUUCCUAUGUUUCGUUAGUAUUUUCGUUUAGGCACCUCUAUGGGCAGCCCAGGGACUUUACUGUUUUACGUUAUUUGUGCUCAGGCCUGCCCACGGGCAGCUAGGGGUCCUGACUGUUAUCCUGAGCGGUACCCUCCGCGAAUGUUGUGCCGAUAAGUUUAAAGUUUUAUAUGUGAUGCGUUCGUGAAGAAGAUACCAUCACGUCAUAUCAUAUCACACCCCCUGUUGUCAUCAUCACCCUUUAAUGAUGCUAAAUAGCCAAUUCGCCAUUGCUGUUGCAUAUGAGGAACAUUAAAAGAACUGAACUGUGAA